AUGGGCUCAUCCUCAGAACAGACGAGUACGGGUAGUCCCGCGACUGCCGAAAAGAAGAUAGCACAAGCAAAUGAACAAGCGUCGGAACAGCCGAAGCAACAACAGAAAAAUUCACCUGCAGUUUCAGCUGCACCAUCACCAGCUACUGUCAAUGCCUCUACAGGAAACGCACAGGCUCCAUCAGCAGCAUCAUCAUCAUCAUCGUCAUCAUUUAAUGCGGGCCACAGAAGGGGGUCGUCUACAUCAUAUCGUAAAAAUAAUGGUGGAAGGCGUGGAAACGGAUAUAAUCACAGACACUAUAACCAACGUCCCCAAAAUCCUCCAAUGUAUGCAGCUGCCCGCGGAUGGACGGAAUACAUGAAUCAGCAAUAUUACGCAGCAGCAGCAGCAGCGGCUCAAGGAUAUUAUUAUAAUCCACAAGCUCCGGCACCUCAAGGAUUUUUCACACCUGUGAUGGGUGCUAUGCCAGGCGUUAUUCCAGGUGCUGUGAAUGAAGAUAACGGGGCUAGAGCCUCUCAUCCGGUGGAUCUGCCGGCUAAGCCUGCAUCCCAUGCUGGAAUCAGCAUAAAGACGAAAGAUGGAAGGCCAGUUUCAUUUGCUCAGUUUAAGAAGGCCGAGAAUUUUGAACCAAGCAAUGCCCCAGUGACUGCAGCCUUGAAGACACCUGUUCCAGAACAAAAGCCUUCUCCCGAGCCAGUGAAAAAGCCGGAAGUGGUUGCCGUUAAGGAAGAGGAAGCCAAUAAAAGUAAGGAAAACAAGAAUGCUUUUAAGGAAGCCAUUCUUGCCAAAAUCCGUGCUAAAAAGGCAUUAGAAGCCCAAAAGAAGGAAGCAACGGUUCAGAAACCAACUCAAAAGCCUGAAACUGCUGAGUCCGCAGAUAAGAAGCCAGCAGCAUCGUCAGUUGAGACCAAAUCUACAAAGGUUGAGAAGCCCGCACCUACUCCUGCUAAAUCAAUUCCUGUUACGAAAGCGGAGAAGAAGGAGUUAUCAGUUGAAAAGCCUGUCGAAAAAGUUUCAAAGGUUCCAUCCGCUCCUGUGACUACCGCUGUCGAAAAGAAAGAGGAGGAGACUGAAAAGCAAGAAAAGAAGCUUACAGAGCCAGUUAAGAAGGAAGUGGCCGAGCCAAGUGCCGAAAAGCCAGCUUCCAAGAAGCCAGUUGCAGAAAAGCCAGCUGCAGAGAAGCCAGUUGCAGAAAAGUCAGUUACAGAAAAGCCAGCUGCGGAAAAGCCAAGUGCAGAAAAGCCAUCUUCAAAAGUUUCAAUGGCACAACUUAUUGCUCAGAAGAAUGAUGCCAAAUUUCAGCCAGCUGGCGAAGUGGAAACUCCAGCAAAGCAGGCUAUACCUUCACUUCCUACAACGCCAAGUUCGUUACCGGUUCAUAUUCCUCAAAAGCCAACAUUAUCAUCAAAAUCUGAAAAUUUGAUGUCCACAGCCAUUACGAAUGCUGCAGUUUCAAGAUUAGAACAAGACAUAUCAGAAUCACAAUCGGCCGAUGCUAAGGAGGCAGAGAACAAUGUUUCUAAGGUGACGAUGUCGCAAUUCUUUGAGCGUAUAAAGGCGGCAAAGCCAGUCGAGAAUGUUUAUAAAUUUUCAUACCCAGAUGGUGUGAUACUCCCAGACGAGAAAUUCCAGUCCUACCAUAAAAAAACGUAUGAUCCCGGAUUCCUGUAUCAGUUCUGUGAGGCAUGCGACUUUGAAGUUGAUGAUGACUGGAAGACCAAAUACUCUUCGCACGUUCUGUUGCUUGAUCGCUCUGGAAGCAAAGGUGGAUACCGCAAUGGCAGCCAGUAUGGUGGACGUGGAAUGUCGCGUAAUGGUCCUAGGGGUGAAUAUAAUGGAUCCAGAAAUGGAUCUCGUGGUGGAAGUGGUAGAAGACGGUCUGGUAGAGGCGAAAAGAGCCGCCAGGGAUCGAGGAGAAGAAAGGAUUCUCACAGAAGCCGUAGAGGAGAGCCAAGAGAUAUGCGUGAAAUGAGAGAGAUUGGUCACGGCUCUAGACACGAAGAGUGGAAUUCGAACCCAGAAGAGAAUGCUGGUUCCAGGGAGGCAGCUUCUGCUCCUGCAAUCCCAGAAACGCUUCCAAACGGUGAGCCUCUAUUGAAGAAGGCUGAGCACAAAUGGGUGCCUCGUUCCUUGAGAAAGAAGGAGAAGGAGGUUAAGUAUGCACCAGAUGGAAAGACGGUGCUUUUAGAGGAGGAUGACAUCAGAAGCAAGACGCAAUCUUUGCUUAACAAGCUUACAUUGGAGCAGUUUGAUAAUAUUACUGGAAAAAUGCUGGAGGUGGCAAACCAAUCUAAGUGGGAAGAGGAUGCACAGGCUUUGAAGCUUGUUAUUGAGAUCACAUUUGCAAAGGCCUGCGAUGAGCCCCAUUGGUCCAACAUGUAUGCUAGGUGGUGCUUCAAGCUCUGUAAGGAUGUCGACCCAGAGGUGAAGGACUCCAAGGAUGAGGAAUUGGGAGAAACAAGAAACAGUGGCUCCAACCUUGUUCAUUACUUAUUGGUUUCACGUUGUCAAACCGAGUACGAGAAGGGAUGGGAAGAUAAGCUUCCAACAAACCCAGAUGGAUCUCAACUAGAACCAGAGAUGAUGUCGGAUGAAUACUAUAAGAUGGCCGCUGCAAAGAGAAGAGGACUUGGCUUAGUUAGAUUCAUUGGUGAGUUGUUCAGUUAUAAACUUCUUAACAGACACGUCAUCAUGCGUUGUAUCGUGGAAAUUCUAAGUAAGGACGAGCCAUCGGAUGAUGCAAUGGAGACACUUUCCCAGCUGUUGAAGACAUGUGGUCCAAGUUUGGAUCAGACUUCAGAGGGCAAGCAUCAUUUGGAUCUUGCGUUCUCGAAGAUCCAUACCUUGCUAGAUACCAGCAAAUCACUAACCUCUCGUAUUAAGUUCAGUAUUCUUGAUAUGAUGGAACUCAGAAAGAGGAACUGGCGUGAUGAAAAUGCCGAAAAGUCCGGUCCAAAGACUAUUCAGGAGAUUCACAUGGAGGCUGAACGUAAGAGAGAGCAGGAAGAAUACGAAAAGGAAAUGAGAAGAAGACAUCAUGGAGGUCGUGGUGGUAUGGAUCAUCGAGGAGGUAGUAGAAUGGGUUCUAGAGCCGGAUCUAGGUUGGGUUCUAGGUCAAACUCAUCCAGAUGGGGAUCUUCGGACAGACUUUCUUCUAAAGAUUUGAGUAAGGUUGGUGUUGUGAGGAACUCAUCUGAAGGAUCUUUGGGACCAUUCAAAAAGAAUAAGACAUUUCAGACACUUGCCUCUCUGAGAAGAGGAAGGGAUAGAUCAUCUGAUAACUUCACAACAGUUUCUGGAAGUAUGAGAUCAUCAUCCACAAGGUCUACCACAAAUACGCCACCUACGCCGGAGCCAAGAGAGGCAUCAGUGAACAGAUUCGCCGCUUUAGGAUUAGAUGAAGAUGAAGAUGACGAUGAGGAGGAAGAGGAAGAAGAAGAAGCAGAAAGAGGCAAUGCAGAUGAAGAUGUUGCCUCUUCGAAUAAAGAGAGUACAGAAGAUAAUGUUAAGUCAAACGGCAAACCGGAAGAUCAGAAGGACGAGCAGUAA